ACCAAAGCCAGCUCCGAUCAUCUCCUUCGACCGAGUAACACCAGUCGAUCUUGGAGCAAUGGCGGCCUACCUCCCCCUGUCCCUGGCCAUCCUCGUGUCCCUCCUCGCCGCGGCCGCGGCCUCGGACCACGGGGACUACUCCCACCCCAACAGCGGCGGCGAGAAGAAGCUGGUGGUGCAGGUGGAGGGCAUGGUGUACGCCCAGAGCUGCGCGCACCGCAACUCGUGGUGCCUCGACGGCGCCACGCCGCUGCCGGGGGCCAAGGUGACGGUGACCUGCCGCGAUCGCAAGAACCGUGUCAUGGCGUGGCGGUCGGUCAAGGCGGACGGCAACGGCUACUACCUCGCCGACCUCGGCGACGGCCCGCCAGCAGCGGCGUACUACAAGGGGGACCCUACCAAGGCGUGCUUCGUCCGCCUGCUCUCGUCGCCGGACCGCAAGUGCGACGACCUCACCAACAUCAACUACGGCAUCCAGGGCGCGCCGAUCCGCGACGAGGGCAAGGGCUCCCCCGCCGACGGGUACGCGCUCUACGCCGCCGGCCCGCUCGCGUUCAGGCCGAGGCACUGCGCGCCCAGGCGCCACUACUGAUCGGCCCGCGGUGCGUGCGUGUACGCGAACAGGGAUUUCGUCUGCUGAGCGCACGCGCGCGCGCUUGAUUUGGAUUUUGAGAAACGAAACGUGUGUGUAGUUUGAAGAAUGUAUUCAUGUGACUUUCUUUGCCUCUGUUUUUUCUACAGAGUAAGUUUCGUUACCAAUACAUGUAAUCGUUUCGUGAAAUUUUACUUUUUCCUCUGGAGUCUUA